GAGUCAUUGUCCUGUGGCGCUUAUUCUUAAAACCUCUGAAGGAAAAGAGUUUCAUCAAACGCAUGGCCACCCCAAAUUCGCCGCUUUCAUCAGUUACGCCAUUCACUCGCUUCGUUCCGCCCUUCACCUGAAAAAAGGAGUGCCACCAUGGGUGAUGCAAUUGAUUUGUCUGGUGAUGGAGGAGUCAUCAAGACCGUUGUGAGAAAAAGCAAAGCUGAUGCUGUUGGUCCAACAGAAAACUUUCCUCUCGUUGAUGUUCAUUAUGAAGGCACACUUGCUGAUACUGGUGAAGUUUUUGACACUACGCAUGAAGAUAACACUGUCUUCUCUUUUGAGGUUGGAAAAGGAAGUGUUAUCAAGGCUUGGGAAAUUGCAGUGAAAACCAUGAAGGUUGGAGAAGUUGCAAAAAUAACUUGCAAACCAGAAUAUGCAUAUGGCAGUGCAGGAUCUCCUCCAGAUAUUCCUCCAGAUGCAACCCUUGUUUUUGAAGUUGAGCUAGUUGCCUGUCGGCCAAGGAAGGGCUCCAGUCUGGGAAGUGUUUCAGAGGAGAGGGCUAGGCUAGACGAGCUGAAGAAGCAGAGAGAGCUAGCUGCUGCUGCCAAAGAGGAGGAGAAGAAGAAGAGGGAAGAGGCAAAAGCAGCUGCUGCUGCACGUGUGCAAGCCAAGUUAGAUGCCAAGAAAGGUCAAGGAAAGGGUAAAGGUAAAGCGAAAUAGGGACUCAUCAAACAUCUGCAUGAGAUUGAUAUAUAAUGACAAUCAAAUAGUGAUGUAUUAUCCUCUAUCCAGUAUAUCACUUCCCCAUUGGCCGAUCCGAAACUUUAUAUUGAUGAAUGUAUGUUUGCUUUUGUCCACCAUAGUAUAAAUGUGAUGUUUGUCUCUGUCA